UUCUGUUCCUCUCGCGUCAUGUGCCGGGAAAGGCCGUCAAGGUCGCCCGCUUUUUCUUAAAGGGACCAUGUCGCUGUGGGUGCUGCUGAGACGGCUGCCGCGAAGAAGCCUGGGAGUGGCGCCGCUUCUAGCGGCCGCUGGGCGAGACGGCCGGCGCCACCUCCAAGCGAAGGCGAGGCCUCGAUCGUACGGCAGCGGGAAUGCGCAAAAGCCGGACGGCGGAGCCACGCCCCUCGCCUUCAGCCUCGCCUUGUCAGCUUUUUCUCUGUUCUCCCAAGAAGCUGAAGAGGAGAUGGAGAAAGAUCCUGAAGAAGGCCAUGCGGAAAAGACAGAAGAGAACAUCAUAUUUUUACUGAAAAAAGCCAAGCUCUGCAUCAUGAAAGGAGAGCUGGAAGAAGCUGAGCAUCUCCUGCACGAAGCUGCCCAGCUCUCUCACCAGUCUGACAACAAGCAAGCCAUCAUCUACACAUAUGACACGAUGGCGAAUCUGGCCUUUCUGCGAGGGCAGCUGGACCAUGCGGAAAAACUCUUCAAGGCAGUCAUGAGCUACCUGCUCGCUGGAAAGAUGGAACAAGAUGACAAUGCCAUCAUUGAAAUAUCCCUCAAGCUGGCCAGCAUCUAUGCUGCACAGAAACGGCAAGAGUUGGCAUUGGCUGGUUAUGAGUUCUGUAUCCUGACCCUGGAAGAGAAAUUCGCUAAACAGAAGGAUGUGGCCGCUGAUGAUUUACCAGCACAGGAAGAGCGAGUCAACACGCGUCUUCUCCUUGGCAUGAGCCUCGAUUCCUAUGCCCGCUAUCUGCUGGCACACAAGCAAGCAGCUGCUGCCCAAAGGAUGUACGAGCGGGCAUUGCAGAUCUCUGUGGAGGUUCAAGGGGAGACACAUCCUCAGACGGUGGUCUUGAUGAAUGACUUAGCGACUGCUCUAGAUGCUCAAGGGCGGUACGACGCUGCAUACGCUCAUGUGAAGAGAGCGUGGGAUCUGGCUCAACAGACUGAACACCCAGAAGCCCACGUCAUUUUGAAUAACCUGGCCGGGAUCCUAAUGCACAAAGAAGACUUUUCCCAGGCCAGACAAGUCUACAAAGAAGCCCUGAAGCAGGCAGAGAAAGCAGGAGAUGGCACUGUCGUUCGGUACAUUCGGAAGGAAUUAGCUGAACUUGCCAGGAGGUGGAAGCAGGCAAAAACUACAGAAUAUUCAGCGAAGAAAGGAAACGAAGGAGUUAAAAACUGAGGGCUGCUUUGCGCCAUGUACUGUCUGUGCUUUGGUCGACUGCUGUGUUUUUCUUUCUUUUUUUGCACUGCAAGGACUCAGCUGUGUUGUGUGGGCAGCAGAGCAAAAGUCUCCGGCUCCAAAGCAUCCCCUGAACUUGAGGAGGAGGUUGUCAGCUCGUAGCACUGAAAGGCCGGGCCACAUUUCUGCAAUGCCUGAGUGGGAGCAAACGGGGCUUUUCAAAGUGCUUAUCCUUAAACAUGAGGCAAGAAGCAGUCGUUUACAUCCAGUACCAAAUAAAGUUUGCCCCUGCUAGCUAGAAGA